AUGAGCGAGGAAGGGCACGAGAGGAAGAAGCGGCAGCGGCGAGCGGAGGAGCGGCCCCAUCGGAAGCGGGGGCCCCCUGAAACUUCGGAAUCCACGGAAUCCGAAGAAGUUCCAUUAGUCCGGAAAAGGAUGUCGCGGAAAGAGCACUCGGAAGCCACGGCUGAAGAGCAGGACGCGGCUAUGGGGAGGCUGGACGAGGCCGAUUUACACCGGCCCCUUGACGUCCUGCCCGCCCCGCAUCAGCCGGAUCUUCGUUUUGAGGAAUUGCAAGCGCCUCUUCUCGAAGUCAUUCCGGCGAACCCGCGAACGGAACCCAAACGGAUGACGGAAAUUGACCAAGCCCAAGCGCUGGUGGCAAGCCACAGUGCAAUUGCGGGAAAGUUCCUCAUCGGGAUUCUCCGGCGGAUACUCCUAAGCGAAGCGUUCAAUCUCCUUAGCGGACCGCAUGCGGUCGAGGAGAGAGCGUAUUUGAUGGGGGUAGCGGAGUGGGCCCGGCACGAGCGGUCCGACCCCGCGGGGAAGGACAUUGAUUUUUUCGUGGGGCAGUGGUCCAGCAAGAUUGCUAAACGGCCAAGGCCGGCGCAAUCCUUUGGACAAUGGCAGUAUGGGGUUUCGGCAGUUCUUACCGGGGGUCGAGUGGAGCAAGAGCUGGCAGCCAUCGCACGCGAUACUGCGCAGUGGUUGGACAAACCCUUAACCUUCCCCCCGUUCCUGCGGAGCGAACUUCGAAAAGUUAAGCCCCGCGAGAUCCAAGUCCCUGCCAAGCCUCACAAGACUCGGGAGUCAGUAUUGGUCUUGGCGGAUUGGGAGUUAGCGAGCGCUGCGUGUCCUUUUCCACGGAAGGGACUCAAGAGCGAGGGUGAGCAGACGGUCGAAGGCGCCCAGUCGGCGGGCAGGACCGAUUCGCAGACGCCGUCGUUCGUGGAUGUGGUGCGGCGGCGCGAGUCGAGCGGUGGCGGCCGCGGUAGAGGAGCGCGCGCGCCGACGCCCAAGAAGCAGAAGACCGGAGCCACCGAGGGCGCCCAAGGCGGGGAGGCGGAGAGCGCGCGCGCGCGACGCCGUCAGAGCCGAGGGGAGAAGUCGCGGGAGGAGUCCGGCGGAGAAAUGGAAGGAGCGGGGCAGGGGCCGGCUGCUACGGUCAUGACCGAGGAGCCGGCAGAAGAAAAUGAAAACAACAUGUUGCGCGCCUGGGAGGUGGCGAAAAGUUCGGCGGAAGACGAGUGGCUUCGCCGCGCGCGCGCGGACAAAGUCAAACGUUUUGGGACCAGGAGCGACCGGGGCGGGAAGUUUGUAGAAGAGAUUCAGAAGGAUGGCGUGUGGUGCAAGAUCCAACGUAUUGAGGGCACGCAAGAAAAGUGGGAGUCCGCCGGAAUUGAGAUUCCCCAGCUGCAACUAAGAGUCCACGGAUUCUUACGGAACAUUCUGUGGGGGGAACCGGUAGCCGAGCGGUUUGCACUUUUUAUGCCGGAUGAGUUCUUCUCGCAGUACGUGGACGGCACCACGGUGUCGGACCUGGGUCUCGUGGAGUUGGAACAGCUAGCUCUUGAUGGAACGCUGCAGGAAUGGGAAAGGAGCGCUAAUCGGGGGGUCCUGUUCCAGUGGGGAAUGUUAAACGACCCCAACCAGUUGUACAGUCCACGGACUGUGUCGCUGUCAGCCUUCCAGUGCAGCUCACGCGACGAAGAGCUGGAUUCUGCCUUCCACGACGUCGACCUUACGAUCCCCGCGGCGGUCAUCGAGCAGAUCGUUUUUGAUCGCAGAAAGGAGCCGCGGUGGACGAAGGAUCGCGUUCGGAACCGGAACGAAGAAGGGGAAGCUGAGGAAGUCAGACCCGGAAGCGGAACGGGGGCGGUCGAAUUGAAAUCGCCUCCCCCGGGAUCGGCUACCUUGGAAGAGGCUCAGCUGAAAAGUCCGAGGACUCCAUCUAAGUCCCCGGCAAAAGCCUCUGGCGGAACGGAACGGAAGAAGGCGGAACCGGAAAUCAAGGUUUCCGGCGGAAAGAAGGGACUCGACGAGUCGGGCCCCGAGCGAAAGCAGGUUGAAACAGGUAAAAAGGUCGAGAAGGGUGCGGAGCCCAAGGGCCCUGCACCAGAAACUGUUGUAAUUCUGGAGGUAGGGAAGACGGAAGCCAGAACCGAGCCCAAGGGCGGUCCGCCGGAACAGCGGAAAGCAUUGGGGGAAGUUCAGAAGAGCGAAAUGUCUGCGGACAUUCCGGGGGGCGAUCUCGAAACAGCUUUAGCGGAUCUUAAUGCGAAGGAGGAAGCUGAGUACGAGAAAGCCCAGGAACAGGAAAAGACGGAUCGGGAAGAAGAGCGGAAGCGGAAAGAUGCAGAAGAAGAGGAGCGGAAGCGGGAAGCAGAAGAAGUGGCCACGGCCUGGGCGAAGGGGUUAGAUCAUGCGGGGAUCGCGCUUGGCGAAAGCGCGUUUGAACCGGAUCUACCACCCAGCACCGAGGCAGAAAAGCAGGCCUAUAUAAAAGAAGCGGCCGGCGGGUCAGGGGGCGGAAAGUUGGAAAGGCCCAAGGGCGCACUUGUUUUUGGGGGCCUAGCAGCAGACCAGGGGCGAGAAGACGCUGUCAAGGCGCCAAUUGCCCCGACGGCCGAAGCGGCCGCUGGUGACACGUCACCAGGGGCGACAGCACUGUCGGGGCGUCCGUUCCUGGUCUCGGACGGGGGAAUUCCGUUGGACGGCGGAGUUCCGGUGGGCGGAGCGGCCUCCACGGAGGCGCCGGAUCUCGAUCCGGACAAGUUCACGGGCAUGGCUUUUGAGGAAGGACUCGGGGGUGAAGCAGAAGAAGCGGCCGCGGCACUCGAGAACGUGCGAGGGAUCGUUGUUCCGUCCCUAGGAGUUCCGGAAACCCGAACUGGUCAAGACCAGUUCGAGAGCGGAGGGGCUUUGACGGAACGGCGGAACGAUACCGCACCUUCUCCUAGCUCAUCGCGGCGCGGGGGUCGCGGUCCGGUUACCGCUUACCCUCUCCUAGGGUCCGUCACGCAUUACGUCAGCCGCCGGAGCGGAAUGAUGGCGAUUCAACGUUUUGUGGACGGACAGAUUACGGUCAGCAUGGUUCCGCUGGGUCGGUACAUGCGAGGGGCCGAGUUUUCGCAGCCGACGACCGUGCACUUCGUGAAAGGAGUCCCACGGGGUUUCUUCCAGAGGAGCGCGGAGGCGUGCGAAUCCGACGAAUCAGAAUAG